CCGGACACAAGCCGGGCCAAACGAACGGCAAUUAAGGCAGAAAAACAGUAAAUUACGACAGUGAAUCGAACGUUUAAAGUAUUAAUUAGUGGAAAAUCUGCAACAUGACUCACCUGUCAGCGGCAGCAUUGCUGAUUGUGCAGCUGGCUGUGGCGGUGCCCCUGUCCGUCCUGUCGGCGCACCAACCGCCCCCUGACACUUUGGAGGACCUCGCCACCACCAUUCCCUCGCUGACCGAGCCCCACAUGCCUGACAUGCACUUUGACAGCCCCAACCAUAACCCCGGCUCGGAACAUGACUCUAACUCCAACAAUGCGACGAGGAUAUUGCGACGCGGCAAGCGUUAUCUCCAAUUCAGCAAGGGGUCGCGUAUGUCGUGGCGUACCAACGGCAAGAACAAUCUGUGGACCAUCAACACGCUGUACGCCUACGGCUAUGGGUUCCGCACCAAUUAUCCCUUUCCGUCCAUUGAAGAGCAGAAAAAGGACAACGCUGUAUUCUUUCGUCUCUUUAAGAGAGAUCUCUUUUCAAAGCUAGAAACUGCUUUAGAUGGACAUGGCUUCGAUGGCCGAGCCUGCAUGCUGAAAUCCUUUUGCACGGCCAUCAGAGACGUGGAUAAACCUUCACAGAAAAGCGGCAUGCUCUUCAAGCUGCUCAAAUUGAUAUUCAGUCGAGCAAAACGAUAUCUAGAUAUAAUAGAGACCACUCGAAUUUUUGUGGGUAAAACUUCAAGCACUAACUGCCAAAAAAAACUUCAGGAAAUUAAAUUAUAUCAACUAAUAACUUUUUCCCAUUUUUCCCUAAAGUUUCGCAUUAAUGCCAAGAACAAUGUGAUCAAAUCACCGAUUGUGUGGGCUCAUGGCUAUGGCUUUCGAGCCAACACUCCGGUGCUGGUCAAGAGGGAAAACCGACCCUUCAGAAGGGACACCUACGAACUGCUCCACGAACUGAUCGAUCGGAGUGGCCUAGACGGGCGGGCCUGUGUCCUGAAGGCCUACUGCACCGCUCUGGCCGGCGAUCAUGGGCAGGGCUUUCUGUUUAAGCUAUUAAAAUAUGUAUUUACUUUGGACGAGCACGACCAGAAACACAUGCCGCAUUUGCGGGAGGAGAAUUGCGAGCAAAUCAUGCACAGCCACUGUCCCCUGAGUUUCGACAGCAUAUCACCAUAUACGGACGAUGUAUAAUAAUAUUUAUAUGUCAGUGUGUUAUUCUAAGUUAUGCAAAGUAAUCAAAAACCGAGAUUGAAAUGGACAUGAAAACAAGCAACAUCGCUGACCUAAAACAAUAAUAAGGAUAACAUAGUAACAAUAUUUUGAAGUGACUGAAGGCAAAGAACUUUUAAGGGUUUAAUAUUAAAGCUUUAGAAGCUAUAUAUAAAAUAAAUAUUAAAUUGUUAUACAA